AUAAGUAGCGCGUAACCAGCCCGUUUUGCCCUAGUCGGGAUUACUUCUCAGUCUCUGUUGCUUUUUCGUGCAAAAAUGCCGGAUCCAGCAAAAUCCGCUCCUGCUCCCAAAAAGGGCUCUAAAAAGGCUGUUACGAAAGUGCAGAAGAAGGACGGCAAGAAGCGUAAGCGCAGCCGCAAGGAGAGCUACUCUGUGUACGUGUACAAGGUGCUGAAGCAGGUCCACCCCGACACCGGCAUCUCGUCCAAGGCCAUGGGCAUCAUGAACUCCUUCGUCAACGACAUCUUCGAGCGCAUUGCGGGGGAGGCGUCCCGCCUGGCUCACUACAACAAGCGCUCCACCAUCACGUCCCGCGAGAUCCAGACGGCAGUGCGCCUGCUGCUGCCGGGCGAGCUGGCCAAGCACGCCGUGUCCGAGGGCACCAAGGCGGUCACCAAGUACACCAGCUCGAAGUAAGGGUGUGCAAAGGACGCAACAGAUCAACCACCUUACCCCAAAGGCUCUUUUCAGAGCCACUUCAGUAAUCAAGAAAAGGGCUGUAAACACUUGUCAGAGCGUUGGAUAGCUUUUGGUCAGGGAGGGAGGGUGACCAAGGUUGGAUGCGUUCGGGUUUAGGACUGAGGAGUUUCUUGUAGUCUAGUAAUGCGUUACCACUCAGUCAUUCUCGCCCAGCGUUACCGAGUGGCCUGUUGUAUUGGGACUAGGGAGUAGGCUUGACCACGGUUCUGGGAUGUUUUUGAUUGAUGGGGGUUUCCCCACCCUUUCAACCUUGUACGUGUGUCUCCACGGUCGUUUUAUUUUUUUCUGAAAGUAAUGACCAAGCUGAGAUUUCUUAUACAGAUGAGAAAUCUUUUCAGUCCAACCUCUCGCUACGUGCUGUUUCUCAGUGUUUUAACCUUUUUUCCUUAUAUACCUCCAAGCGUUCGUAACAAGCAUUGUGUAAUAUAGCCAUGUGCUUUCGUCCCUUAGCUUCUCUGUAAGUCCUGACUUGGCCGUCCUCUCCUAACUUCCAUUCCAGUGACUUCAAUCGGGGAGAUAUAUUGCCACCGCCCCCACCCCCUGUGGAGCAUUUGGCAAUGUCUACAGAUGUUUUUGGGUUGUCAGGUGGGUAAGAGGGGGUGCUACAAGUAUCCAGUGGGCAGAUGUCAGCAGUGCUGCUAAGCAUAAGGCACAGGACAGUCCUGUGGGGGAACAAAGAGCUACCUGGUCUAUAAUGUCCAUCUUUGGCGAUUAAGAGACCUCAGAGCCCAAGACCUCCCUAAUCACGAUGUAAUCUUCAUUUCAGCCAAACUUUUCCUUAACCCUACCAGCACAUGUUUUUGUUGUUGGAAGCUGAGCACUCCAUAGGCUGUUUACAAGUCCUUCUCCACAGGAAAAGGCCUCCAGGGCAAGGACCCAGUCUUCCUUCUGUAACAAACUUCCCCGAUUAUAAGGAUCAUAAGAAUUCCCCUUGUGCUUGUUAAACCCGCUCCCAGGUGUUUCUCCUGAGGUUUCCCUAUUCAGCUAGGCUGGAGGUGCAACCUGGAGAGGUGGUUGGCUCUUAGUGUUCAGGAGUGGGAAUGUUUUAAUAGAUGUUGAGUCCUCAUGUUAAUUAACCUGUUGGUGUGUCAGUCUCUGUCACAGAUGUUCUGAGAAAGGAAACAAUUUGAGAAUGAGUGGAGGGGAUUGUGUAGAGAAGGCCACAGUUAAUAUGUGGGAUGAAUUUCUGAAGACCUCUCAGUUCAAAACUUGCCUAAGUCAAGACUCAUCCUGACAAAAGCCAGUGGAUGCUUCUUUUGCCAAAUAUACCGUUGGUACAAUUGGAAAAUCUUAGUUUAUAAUUAACUUGACAACCUUUGAAAUUAAGCCAUUCUUGAUAAAUCUUGGGGGAAUUAACACAACUUUGUGCUUAAAGUGAAUUUUGCUGAUUUUUAUGAUGUUGGAGUUCAAGUGUAUAAAAUGUGAUAUAUAUGAUUUUCUUUUUCUACUAGAAAAUUAAGAUUCCCAGUUUAGUCAUCUUUUUCUGAGGAUCACCAGGCAAGAAGUCAGAGAAAGAUAACUGGGAAUCGAAAAUUUCCAGUGGAAAAAAAUAUAUAUAGCACAUUUCUGGUGGGAAAGGUUACUCAUUAAGUGAAAAGGCCGAGGUGGUGUAUUUUCCAUACAGUUGGGCCAUAAGAGUCUAUCCAAUCUCCUAGCUUAGGGUCCUGAAGUCAGGAGUUCCUUUUUUCCUAAGGAUUAGGAACCAUGUGUUUCAGGGUCUUUUGAAGUUGUUAAAGCAUUGUCAACUGGCUUAACUACACAAAUGCCAUCAUUACCCACUGACCAAAAGAUUGACUUCCAACUCCUUAUCCUGAAACUAAAGGCCACCGAUUAUCUAGCCAAAAUUUACCUCCUUCAAUUGUUCUCCUCAGUUGUCCAGCUUAGCUUAAAUGUUCUACUGGCUGGGAGCGGUGGCUCACACCUGUAAUCCCAGCACUUUGAGGCAGGCAGAUCAUGAGGUCAGGAGUUUGAGAACAGCCUGGCCAAUAUGGUAAACCCCAUCUCUACUAAAAAUACAAAAAUUAGCUGGGCAUGUUGGUGCAUGCCUGUAGUCCCAGCUACUCCAGAGGCUGAGGCAGAAGAAUUGCUUGAACCCAGGAGGUGGAGGUUUCUGUGAGCUAAGAUUGUGCCACUGCACUCCUGCCUGGGAGACAGAGGGACUAUGUCUCAAAAAAAUAAAAAAAAGUUCUAGUAAGUGUCCUGUAAAGAAAGCAUCUUAAGUUUAUCUUCUGUGCUUUUGUUACAUUGUUCUGGGUUUUACUACUCAGUCUUGGUCCUCUAGACUACUUGAAGCUCCUUAUCUAACUGCCAGGUCUUUUUUUUUUUUUUUUUUGAGACAGAGUUUUGCUCUUGUUACCCAGGCUGGAAUGCAAUGGCGUGAUCUCGGCUCACCGCAACCUCCGCCUCCUGGGUUCAGGCAAUUCUCCUGCCUCAGCCUCCUGAGUAGCUGGGAUUACAGGCAUGCGCCACCGUGCCCAGCUAAUUUUUUGUAUUUUUAGUAGAGACAGGGUUUCACCAUGUUGACCAGGAUGGUCUCAAUUUCUUGACCUCAUGAUCCACCCGCCUUGGCCUCCCAAAGUGCUGGGAUUACAGGAGUGAGCCACCACUCCUGGCCCUAACUGCCAAUUCUUUAAACUCGCUCAAAUCUCACUCUGAGAAGGCUUUUCCUCUCAUUGCAGUUCACAGGGAAGUCUUUCCCUUAAGGCCUAAUUUCUUGCACAAUGAACAACUGUGUAGCUUUGUAAACUGUAGCCUUAUUCCUCAAUUUCUUUUUCUUGUUUUUACAUUUUCUUGUUCGUCUUCUACUAGAGACAUAUGCUUCUUGCUAUUCCACAAAGCCUAUCCCAAUCCCUGCUAUAAAAUAGCUUGUGAAUGAAAGUUUGUUGACUGGUUGCCAAGUCAAGAGAACACUAGAAAACCGAUCUGAGAGAGUGGUAGGUUCAAGUACUCUAGUAAAUAUUUUUCUCUACUUUUUUCCUAUGUAUUUUUUAAUCUUACUCCUUUAGCCUGGCUACUCUUUUAAUUAUUGCCCUUAAUAAUUAUUGGCCCAGUUGAAACAACUGUUACAGAUUCAAAAAAUCCUCAGAGUGGUAGCUAAACUACCACACCUGGCAUCUUCCCUUGAGCCAAUGUAUCUAUGUAGCCAAAAUGAUGAGAUUGAAGUGGAGCUUUCUCACCCUGGUUUGAGGUGCUGGAGAAAUGAUCUGCUUUUCUAGUGCCUUGAAAAAGGAUGAGAAGAGAGGUGCUUUCCAGAAGACAGAAAAGGUGUGUAGUAUCAGGUCAGAGAACACUGCACAUUAGAAAUGGGCUUGGCCUGGAUCAGGGCAUUGAGACUGAUUACAUAAUCUUUUCAAGGAUUGGUGAAUGAGUUGGAAUAUGUGUAGAAACCUACAAAGAUGACAGUUUAAUUUUUUGUCAUAAUUUUUAGACAAAUAAUGUAUUUUAAAACUGGGUGCACUGAGGCAGGCGGAUCACCUGAGGUCAGCAGUUCAAGACCAGCCUGGCUAACGUGGUGAAACCCCAUCUCUAUUAAAAAUACAAAAAAAAAUUAGCCAGGUGUAGUGGCACAUGCCUGUAAUUCCAGCUACUCAGGAGGCUGAGGCAAAAGAAUCACUUAAACCCACGGGGUGGAGGUUGUGAGCUGAGACCGUGUUAUUGCAAUACAACUGAAUUUGGACAUCUAUAGUCUAAGUAUAGGACAACAGAUGGGAAAUAAGUACAUGACCUCUGUGGGAUAAAUUAGGAUUCAUCAAAGAAUGCCAUUGUUGAACAAGGAAGGAACAAGCUUGUUUUGGAGGAUUGCUGGAUAUUAUGGAAGAUAUUUUUUCUGUGUUUGGUCAACUAUACCUGAACUAUAGCAGAUCAUAUGACUUGGCAAAAAUAUAAAACUUGAGAAAAAUCUUCUAAGUCCCACGAUGCCAACCUGAACAAACUUUGAAAAGUAAAAGUAGGCCGUGUUUUCUCAUGGUGUUUUAUCAAAUAUACAUUGAACAUAUAAUCCUUGCCCCUCAGCCAGGUUGCAACAUUUUCUUUUACUUUAUCUCUUUAAUAAUUUAUUUUAAUCAAUUUUAUUUUGAAAAAACUGAGCUAGAGGAUACAAAGAUGUAAAUGAAUGUAAAAGAAUUACGCUGGGAUAAGGGUGGCUCACACCUGUAAUCCCAGCACUUUGGGAGGCUGAGGUGGGUGGAUCACCUGAGGUCAGGAGAUGGAGACCAUCCUGGCCAAUAUGGUGAAACCCCAUCUCUACUAAAAUGCAAAAAAAAAAUAAAAAAGCCAGACACGGUGGCACGUGCCUGUAGUCCGUUACCUUGGAGGCUGAGGCAGGGGAAUCUAUUGAACCCAGGAGUCAGAGGUUGCUGUGAGCCAAGAUCAUACCAUAGCACUUCAGCCUGGUGACAGAGAGACUCUGUCUCAAAAAAAAAAAAAAAAAAAAAAUUAUGUGAAUUGAGAGUGAAAAGUUGCCCCUGGUUGGAAAAUUCAGGAAAAUUCUGUGAGAACUUACAUGGUGCCAGCUACUGUGCUAAGUGAUGGAGACACAAAGGUAUCCAUUCCCCAAGUCCAUAAGGUUCAACUGGAAUUUUCUUUGUGAUGAGUAUAUCACAUAUCCUCUGGGAUUUUUUUUUUAACUUUUAGGUUUACCCAAUUUUUACUGUAACCUCUUUCAAUGUUUCAAUUGUCUGAUUUGGGCAGAUGGAAUUCUCAAUCAUUCCAUUUUUACUCUGUGAUUAGAGGUUAUUAAGUCCUCACCCAUCAUCCGGGUUGUAACAUUUCCAUUUAAUAUAUCUCUUAAGAAAAUUUUUAUUUUACUUCAAUUGAGAUUUCAUUUUUUAAUGUUAUAUUGAACAGCUUUGGCUAUCCCACCCUCCUACCCACAGAGUGCAAAACAAUUUACGCACCUCAUACUUGGCUUACAGCCUCUCAAAACUCUUAAAGCUUUGUUCACCAUGGUCCUGGCUUGAUUUUCUUCAGGUUUUCUUUUCUUGGGAUGUGACUAUUCUUUCUUUUUACUUUCCUGUUUUUCUCCCCUCUCCUCACCAUUCUUCUCUCCCCUCCUCUCCUUGUCUUGCUCUGUCACCCAGGCUGGAGUGCAGUGGUGCCAUCUCAGCUCACUGCAUCCUCCAUCUCUCAGGUUCAAGUGAUUCUCCUGCUUCAGCCUCCCGAGUAGCUGGGAUUACAUACAGGCACCCACCAUCACACCCAGUUAAUUUUCAUACUUUUAUAGUGAUGGAGUUUUACCAUGUUGAUUAGGCUGGCCUCGAACCCCUGACCUUAGGUGAUCUGCCUGCCUUGGCCUCUCAAAGUGCUAGGAUUAGAGGUGGGAGCCCCCAGGCCUGGCCUCUUUUUUUUUUUUUUUUUUUUUUGACAGGGUCUUGCUCUGUCACCCAGGCUGCAGUGCAGUGGCAUGAUUACAGUUCAGGCUCAAGUGAUCAUCUCACCUUUGUUGGGGUCUGGCACAUCUGCCAGGGGGCUACCGACCUGCGGGAGUCCCCGAGACCGCCAACGUAGAUGUCUCGUUCAACCUGAGGGAGAGAGUGCGCGGAAGUGAAAGAAAAUAGUAAAGUGGAGUCUGGAGGUCUAUGUAACUUAUGGUCAAAACGCAGCAAGUUUAUUCUUGUGGGUUACAGCUUUUAUACCUUUUUUCUUGUUUACAUUUACUUUAUCUCAGCAAAAAAAGAAGUAAACAGAAAGGAAAUAGAAACUCCAUAUAAAUAGUUAUCAGGGGCUUGUGAUAACCGCUCACAAAGUAGUUUAAGGGGGCUUGUGAUAAUAGUUUACAAAGCAGUUUAUGUUUUUCAAAGAUACACAGUGCAAGCAAACAAUGGUGCCCUUAAGGUGGCUUGUUAAUCCUGUUUUCCAUCAGGAGGUAGAACAAAGGCUUAGCUCCAGGGAAAAUAUGGGCAGGGGCCUCUUGUCCCUCUUAGGCAUCUCAAUUGCAGUAAGUUUAUUGCUUACACAGAGACUGAUGGGGACAUGAAAGCAGACAGCACAAGGUCCUCAUAAACCGCAGACCUUUGCUUUGCAUUCUGUUUUUGCCUCAGUGACUCAGCCCGUGACCUUCGUCUCAGCUCAACAGCCCUCGAGAGGUGGGAGUGCAGAUAGGUCCAGCAGCCAAGAUGGGGCGAGUCACGCUAACUGUCUCAAGCCCUUGGCGUGAACACUGCACAUACCUUGGCUUCCUGAGUAGCUGGAACUACAGGUGCAUGUCAUCAUGUCUGGCUAAUUUUUAAAGUCUUUUUUGUAGAGAUCAGGUCUCACUACUCCUGGGCUCAAGUGAUCCACCUGCCUUGGCCUCCCAAAGUGCUGGGAUUAUAGGAUGGUGUGACUGUUAGAGUGGUGAGUGAAUAAGCUUUCUCUUGUUUUCCAAAUGCAAUUUAUCAGAAAAUCAUCUUGGCUCAAAAUAUCCAAGUAUAUCCAAAACAUCCAACUAUAUCUCACCAUCUCCACCACUGUUUCCCUGCUCCAAGCCUCUAUGUCUCUUGGGUAUUUGCAAUGGCUUUUCAAAUGGCCUCCUUGAUUCUUCUUUCUCCCCUGUAUUUUCCACAAAGCAGCUAGAAUACACUUUUUGAAACAUAAGUCAGAUCAUACCCUUCACAUACUUCUCUCCAGUGGAAAACCCUCCAAUGCCUUCAUUUAAGGCCCACAUUCACUCUCUGACCCUCUCUCACCACUGCCUCAUUUGUUCUAUUUCAUCAUCACCUCCUUGAAUACAUCAAGGCCUUUCUAUCUUAGGAUGUUUGCACUUGCUCUUUUCUCUUCUCAAAAGGCUCUUCCCUAGGUAUUUGCAUGACUGGCUUCCUAAUGUGUUUUAAGCUUCUGCUCGGAAGUGACGUUAUCAACUAUAUUGAGGUCUUCCCUGAACGUCUUAGGUAGGAUAACAAGCCCCCCUCCUUUUCUCUCCUCACUUCUUGGUAUUCCAUAUCUCAGAACUUAAUUUUUUUUUCUUUUUCUUUUCCUUUUUUUUAAAUGAGGUGGGUUUUCACCAGGAUGGCCAGGCUGACCUCGAACUCAUGACCUCAGGUGACCUGCCCACCUUGGCCUCCCAAAGUGCUAUGAUUGCUGGUGUGAAUCACAGCGCCCGGCCCAUAACUUAAUUUUUUUCCAUGUACCAUCUGAAUACUAAUGUAUUUAUUCACUUGUUUAUUCCUGAAGGAGACAGAUAUCCAUUAACACGAUCUUUUCCCCCCAUACUUUAACUCCCUGCUGUCGAGGUGCAUGGCUCCUCAAUUAAAGGCUAAUUUACCAGCUUCUGUUCUGGGCCAAUGAGAUGUGAAUGGAAGUUGUAUGGGUUACUUCUAGUUUGUACCCUAAAAGAGAAUGGGUAUAUGUUGCCCUUGCCCUUUCACCCUCUCCACUGGUUGGGGUGCAGAUGUGCUGGCAGGAAUUGGAGAAACUGCCUUGGACCCAGAGGCAGAAGUCCUGUGAUGAGGAUGGCAGAACUGCCCUGUCAGCCCUGGACUGUUACAUGAGGUAAAUAAACUUGUAUCUUAUUCAAA